AUGACCAGUAAGAACCAAACAAGCAUCUCUGAAUUUGUUCUUUUGGGUCUCUCCACCCAACCUCAACACCAGAGACUCCUCUUCCUGCUUUUCUUCUCCUUAUACCUGUUCGCUCUACUUGGAAACCUUCUGAUUGUCCUACUGACCCGUUUGGACAACCACCUCCUUCGUACCCCCAUGUACUACUUUCUCCAUCACCUCUCAUUGGCCGACUUAGGUUUCGUUUCCACCACCGUGCCCAAGAUAUUGGUGAAUCUGAUGUCUCCAACCAAGACCAUCACUUAUCGCGGGUGCUUGACCCAGAUGUAUUUCUUCUUAACCUUUGGCAACACCGACAGUUUCCUCCUGGCUUGCAUGGCUUACGACCGCUACGUGGCCAUCUGUCGCCCACUGCAUUAUACCACUGUGAUGAGCCAGAAGCGCUGCUUCGUACUGGUAUGUGGCUCGUGGAUCACCUCCGCUCUUCACUCUUUGCUCUACACUCUUCUGACAUCCCGUCUUUCUUUCUGCUCCUCUUGGGAGAUCCCCUAUUUUUUCUGCGACGUCUACCCUCUCCUGGAACUCGCCUGCUCCAGCACAAGUCUCAUCAAGACCCUGGCACAGACAGAAGGUGUAGCAGACAUUCUAGGGCCCUUUGUUCUCAUUAUCAUCUCCUACAUAUACAUCUUCUGUGCCAUUAUGAAAGUACCAUCUGCUGCUGGUAAGCGCAAGGCCUUCUCAACCUGCGGCUCUCAUCUAACAAUAGUCGUUUUGUUCUAUAGCACCAUCAGCUGUCUCUAUUUCCAGCCUGCCUCUGCUUACUCGGCCCAGAAAGGCACCAUUACUUCUCUCUUGUACGCAGUGGUGAUCCCCAUGCUGAAUCCAUUCAUUUAUACCUUGAGGAACCAUGAUAUAAAGACAGCUAUUAAAAAUUCAAUCACCGGACAUUCCCACCAACAACGUAUAUAA